AUGGCAGCAGAGGAAGCAUAUCCGUGGGUAUGUCCGUGCGGCAGACUCAACAAGAAAACAUCGAACCAGUGUGCUCUUUGCUGGGGGCACUGGUCCAAAGGAUCAAAACACGAUGUUACUCCGAAGACAAAGUCCUAUGGGGCCAGCAGUCAUUGGAGCAGCUCCUGGGAUGCAUGGGACCAAGAUUGGGAAGCCUGGGAACCAGAUUGGGACGAUACCGAAAGUGUGGGAGCAUCGUCACACUCCUCACGAGGACGCCACAAUCAGACGUCAGGCUAUUCCCCAAGGAGCAAAGGUGGUUCUGCUUCGCUACCUGCAUGGCCUACAUGGAGCAAUCCGGAAACGGUGGUCUCCCCCUUCCAGUCAUCCCAAUCCAGCAGGAACAAUACCAUGCAAGAGAUGGCUGUGCACCUCAGGCAAGCUUUCAGAGAUCAAGAAGCCCCUGCCGAUGUUCAGGCCUUUCUCGAAAAGGCGGAGAAGGAGUACAGCCGAAACAAUAUCAAAUCGUUACAGGCUGCUACAAAAAGUCUGGACCAUGCUCAGAAGGCCCUAAGGGAUGCGGUGAGUGCCAAGAAGGACCACCGUCUUCAAUGGACGAAGCACGUUGGGGAAGGAAUCAAGAUCUGGGAGGCUCAGCUAGAGAGCUACAGAGUUCAUCAAGCAACCCUCUCAGAACAUGCAGCCCGUGCAAGGGCAGAGAUCGAGACCUCCAGGCGUAUCCUCAAAGAGGUCAGCGAGAACUCUGUCAAAGAAGGGCAUCUCUCCAUCCCGCAACCCAUUCAGGAGGAGACAGAGGAUGUGGGCACGGACAACGUUGUCGAUUCGGAAGAACAAAAGCUGCGCGAUCAGUUACAGGGUGUUCUCAAUGCUUGUGCAGGAUCCCUUGGGUUACAGGUCGCGGCAGCGGAGCAACAAGUUCAGGAAGUUUCAGACGACGACAAAGAUCAAGCACCGCAUCACAAGCGUCAGAGGUCAGUCGAGCCAGCGAAGCCUGGCACAUCUGCCCUGAAACAGUGA